ACUCUGCCACAAAAUUUUCAUGCACGGAUUAUCAACGGAAGUGAUGUUCAAGCAGGUGAAAUUCCUUAUCAAGUAUCGCUUCAAUACACUUUGAUUGUUAAUUUUCACUUUUGUGGUGGAUCAGUAUUAAAUGAAAAAUAUGUGAUUACUGCUGCUCACUGUGUUCAAGGCAAAACUGCAGAACAAAUAAAAGUCGUUGCAGCUACCACAAAUUUAAAAAAACCAAACUCAACCCAUUUUGUUGCUGAAAUUACCGUCCAUGAAAAAUACAAUCCUUCAGAUUCGUGGAAAAAUGAUAUUGCGUUAGUAAAAAUAGAAGAUCGCUUUGAAGUAAGCGCAGUUUUGAAAUUUGUUCCCUUACCAACUCCAAAUCAAGAUAUUCCAGCUGAGUCAGUCGCGGUUAUAUCUGGCUGGGGUACUUUACAGGAGGGUGGAAUAACGCCAGUUGUUCUUCAAAAAACUGAAGUAUUUAUCGCGAGUCAAAGCUAUUGUAAGCAAGUGCAUACCAAUGCAGGAAGUAAUAUUCAUGAAACUCAUAUUUGUGCUUAUGAUCCUGUCCAUGGAACUGGUCCUUGCAAUGGUGAUUCUGGUGGACCUUUGAUGGUUGACAAUAAACUUGUUGGUCUUGCAUCGUGGGUUCAAGGAUGUGCUUCGACGAUGUAUCCUACUGUUUAUACCAGAGUUCCUAGUUUUCUUGACUGGAUUAAAGCUAACGCUGUUUAA